UCUGGGCAUCUGUGGGGCAUUUUUAGUUGUCACAGUGGUCGUCCGAUGUUACCGCAGCAUUUAGUGACUGAGGACCGAGGCUGCUAAACAUUACAUAGGGCAGAUGUGUCCCACAUCCCGUGACUUUUGGAUAUCCGUUCAGACAUCCAUACAGGUAAAAAAAAAAAAAAAAAAAAAAUCCGUUUAUACAUUUCUGAGCCCAGGAUCUGCUUUGUGCAUAUUAUAAGGCUCCCUUUGCUUCUUUUUUUCUUUUCUCCCCAGUGUUGGGGAAACUGGGUCAUAGGGUCCUGUAGACUGUCCCACAUUCUGGACUUGGCUCCUGGCACCCUCGUGGUGUCCAUUCACCGGCAACUCUAUCCUCCUGUUUUGUGAAAGCUGGUGAUCACACUGUGAGGCUUGAUCAGAUUCAGAUUCUUUUUUUUUUGCAGCGAAGCAGUUGAGUGUGAGAUUUAGAGACGGUGCAGCAAGCCUCCUGUCGCCUCACUGAGGGGCCGGGAGGGGCUGCUCGUGUCCCUCUUUCAGCGUUAGGAAUGUUGGGGGCUCUGGAGGUGCCCGCCUCAUCCCUCCCCCGCAAAAUUCCUCGUCGAUCUUGCAGUUGAGUUUUGGCAGCGGUAGACCCGCAGAGCCUGGCCGGCUGACGUACCAUUAGGGGAUUCUCGUUUUUUGAAAGAAGGGAAAGGGGGAAGAGUUGGUAUUCGCCAGGUGUUUUCCAAGAUCCUGGCCUGCCUGGUUUCGAAUUCUAGCUUCUCUGACUGCCUAGCUGUGUGCCCUUGAGCAAGUUACUUCACCUGUCUGUGCCUCGGUAUCCCCCUCUGCACCGUAGCACUGCUGAGAGGGUCGACCUCCCCGAAUUGUGAGGAUGGAAUGAGAUUGAUAGACCACGUAAAUGCUACCGGUGUUGCCAAAAUAAAUAAAAGCAGGACCCUGAGAGGACUGAAUCGGGAAGAGCCUGGCCCCGCGGGACGCGAUCCUCCUCCUCCUCCUCCUCCUCCUCCUCCUCCUCCUCCUCCUCCUCCUCUUCCUCCUCCUCCUCCUCGGGUCAGUCUUCCUGGCCAGCUUCCCGGCAGUCACGUGGGGAGGGAGGAGGCCGGGCUCCGGGCACACCUGGCUCCCCAGGCCCAGCCGCCCCGCUCCCUUACGGCUCUGGAAGGCCAGGUAGAUCCUGGGCGGAGUUUUCCGGACAGAGGGCUGGAAGUUCAGAUUUCUGAGUAAGGAGUCGACCUCAGGGGAGGGAGCACCCUGAUCUGCUCGCUGAGCAACCACGUCGGCGGCUCCCCGGAUUCCUGCAGCCAGAACCAGCCAUGCUCAGCAGUCAGGCGCCUUUCUUCUUCCCCAUGGCCCACUUCAUCCUCUUUGUCUUCACGGCUUCCACCAUAUUUCACCUUCAGCAGCGGCUAUCGAAGAUUCGCCCCACAUGGGACUUCGAGACGCUGGAUUUGGCGAGGACGGAACACCCCACGAGCCAGCCGCCCAGGGGCAUGUGGACUGAGAUGCUGGUUUGGGCGAGGACGGAACACCCCACGAGCCAGCCGCCCAGGGGCAUGUGGACUGAGAUGCUGGUUUGGGCGAGGACGGAACACCCCACGAGCCAGCCGCCCAGGGGCAUGUGGACGAUCAACGCCAUCGGCCGCCUGGGGAACCAGAUGGGGGAGUACGCCACCCUGUACGCCCUGGCCAAGAUGAACGGGCGGCCGGCCUUCAUCCCGGCCGAGAUGCACAGCACGCUGGCCCCCAUCUUCCGAAUCAGCCUCCCGGUCCUGCACGGCGCCACGGCCAGCAGGAUCCCGUGGCGGAACUACCGCCUGAACGACUGGAUGGAGGAGCGCUACCGCCACAUCCCGGGGGAGUACGUGCGCCUCACCGGCUACCCCUGCUCCUGGACCUUCUACCACCACCUGCGAGGCGAGAUCCUGCGGGAGUUCACCUUGCACGACCACGUGCGGGAGGACGCCCAGAAGUUUCUGCGGGGCCUGCAGGUGAAUGGGAGGCAGCCGAGCACCUUCGUGGGGGUCCACGUGCGCCGGGGGGACUACGUGCAUGUCAUGCCGCAGGUGUGGAAGGGCGUGGUCGCCGACCGGGGCUACCUAGAGCAGGCCCUGGACUGGUUCCGGGCCCGCUACGACUCCCCCAUCUUUGUGAUCUCCAGCAACGGCAUGGCCUGGUGUCGGGAGAACAUCAACGCCUCCCGGGGGGACGUGGUGUUCGCCGGCAAUGGCAUAGAGAACUCCCCCUCCAAGGACUUCGCGCUGCUCACGCAGUGUAACCACACCGUCAUGACCAUUGGGACGUUCGGGAUCUGGGCCGCCUACCUCGCGGGGGGAGAGACCAUCUACCUGGCCAAUUACACCCUGCCCGACUCCCCCUUCCUCAAAGUCUUUAAGCCAGAGGCAGCCUUCCUGCCGGAAUGGAUUGGGAUCAACGCAGACCUCUCCCCACUACUCAAGCACUGAUGUGUCAUGCCUCCAAGACAAGUUCCCAAGGCUCAAGGAGCAUAUGGUUACAUGUACCAGGACACUUCCGUCUUGCAUCGGAAGUCACUGACUUAUUUAAACAACCUAUUUAUGUGUCUCAUACAACAGGGCCAGAGGUUGGUGCAUCUCUGGGGUUAGUUAAGUCAGCAGCCCAGCAAUGUCAUCGGUGACCCCGGUUCCAUCCAUCUUGUUUAACUGCCAUCAACUCCUCUCAGACUGGCUCCCUCAUGGUCCCAGAAGGGCUGCCACAUAGCCGGGGGGUCACAUGCAGACAACCUCUUCAUGAGAAAGCAAAAAAGAGCUUCGUUCUUGGGUCCCUUUUGAAGAGUGAGAGAAAGAUUCCAAAGCCCUCCAGCCACUGCUUCUACCCCUCCCACCCCCGCAUAUCUCAUUGACCGGAAGUGUGUCACAUGCCCACGUGACCCAUUAUAGGGCAAGGUGAAUAAGACCCUGGGAUUGGCUUAGCUUCAGAUCAAUAAAUCUUUGCCCCCUCCAGCUGGGGAGUUGAUCAGCCUCCUCUGAAAGACGUGGAGGCUUGCAGAAAGAAAAUGGGUGCUCUUGAAGUCUUUUUUUUUUUUUUAAGAUUUUAUUUAUUUAUUUGAGAGAGAAUGAGAGAGAGCACAUGAGAGGGGGGAGGGUCAGAGGGAGAAGCAGACUCCCUGCCGAGCAGGGAGCCCGAUGCGGGACUCAAUCCAGGGACUCCAGGAUCCUGACCUGAGCCGAAGGCAGUCGCUUAACCAACUGAGCCACC